AUUGAUAUGUCGCUUUUCAGACUUCUUUCUGAUUUCUUUGAUCUUCCAGCGGAAUAUCAAUGCCCGGAUUGUUUGCAAAACGAUUAUUUUGUAAGACUUCGCCUGGGAAUUUACUUUUUGCUUUCUGGGAUUCUGCUGAUUCUUCUAUACAUCCCAUGCUUCAUCGUGAUGCUCAAAUCCAAGUCUCGCAACCCUUCCUUCCGUGUUAUGAUCAUCCUAGCAGUUUUUGACAUCAUCAAUCUAGCAGUGAACUCGGUGAGCACUGGAAUCUUCAGCAUCCUAGGAGCAUCUUUCUGUCAAUACCCGCGACUGAUUUUCAUCGUCGGUGCAAUUGGAAAUGGAACUUGGAUGGCUGGAUGUGCGAUGUGUAUUCUUCUAGCCAUGGACAGAUGUGUCGAGAUCCACUCAAAAUUCUUCCUGGCGUUUUUGUUUCAUAAGAAAGCGUUUAGGGUAGUGUUGGGUGUUGUUGGAAUGUAUUGGAUGUAUUCUGUUUGGUUUACCAAACCACUAUUGUUCUCUGCCCGGUACAGCUCGUGGUUCUUCGAUCCUAAAAUUAACAGAGACCCAAACAUCUACCGUAACGUUCCACACACCAUAAACAACCUUGUGGUUUCUGCUUCCACCACAGGACUCUACAUCUACAUGUGCAUAUUUUUGCUUUAUAAAAAAGGCAAAAGUACCAACUCGAUGUGGAUGUCCAGAAAUAAAAACCAGGUUAUUCUGCAAGCCAUAAUCAUUUGCUCUUUCCACGCGCUAGCAGCCUACAUCUACGUCUACAUGCAGUUAUUCUACUCGCCACCAUUGCUCAUCAUUCUGGGGCAGCUUACAUGGCAAUGGAGUAAUGGAUGUUUUUGUGUAGUCUAUCUCACUAUCAACAAAUCCAUCAGAAGUUCAGUGAAAAAGAUGCUGCUA